UGCGUGUCUCGUGUCGCGGCGGCCGGUCGCGCGUUCGCCGUUUCCUCACCGCCCCGUGUCCGCUAGUCGGUAGAAAUUCCGUCCGCAGACUCCCUCCGUCCACCGUUCGGUCCGCGGCUCGCGAGAGUAGGAUCCGGCAACGUCGCGAAGGCGUAUCUUUGGCGUCGAUUUAUCCGAGGCGCGUCGCCGGCAGGCCCCUCGUCGGGCGCCCUAACCCCACCGCGGGAUAAGCGACGCACAGCCGUCCCGAGGCGCGUCCUCCGCGUCGUCUACGCCCCUCGUGCAAGAGGCCAGUCGUGGCAGUGCUUCCGAUACGCGAGUGCAUCGAGAAACGCGAGCUGGACAGGCGCGAGAGAGAGAGAGAAAGUGCCCAGUGCGCGUCCGUCCCUCUCCCUCCCUCUCUGUCUCUCUCCGGCGACCGGCGUCCCUCUCCGGCACGCCGCCGACGCCGUACAGGUGUUCCCGACGAGAUGCGCCCCGGUCGCAUCGACUUGCCCCUCUAAACCGACGGGCGACCCUCCUAACCUAUGCCCGCAUCGCUCCCUCUAUUACGGAAAUUCCCGUCGACCCUUGCGAGGCGCGUGAAAAGUGAGCGAGCUCACCGGGCGAAAAGUGUCACGUAUUCGGGGCAUCAUCGAGGACCGAGGCGAGGCGAGGAGAGGAUCCGGAGUUUGCGGCAUCGCGGAAGGAGUCGAAGAGCACGAUCCUCGGAUAAAUAGGGAACCCGAGCCCUGCCAUCUUGGAAGACGGGGAUUUUCCUACAGGAGGAAGGAAAAGCGACCUCGAUCCGCGUCCUCCCGAGGGACCCCGUCGGGGGAGCUCGAAGAGGCGAGGACGCCGAAGAGGCAUUCCCCCAGGGAGCGGGUACGAGGAAUUCAGGGGGAAUUCUUGGGAAUUCCUCGAAGUGGAUUCCGGUCGAAGGGGGUCGGGAGGACUUUAGAAUUUCGGGGGCCAGAGGAAAGGAGUCGGUUUUCUGGCCCUUCCGUAGGAUCAUGCCGCCCCGUGGCUUCCAUCCAGGGGAUGUCCUAAGGAUAUCCGAACAUCCGUCCGCCGUGAAUCGGUUCUCCCGGGCGAGCGCUGGACCGCCUCCCGAGGCGAGAGGGCCACCUCGAUCUACGGACCCGUCUAGGAGGUCUCUCCUGCACUAGGUCCUUCUAGGCCGUCCUUACCGGCUCCUUCGCUUCCCGUGACCGAAUUAAAGAGUCGAACGGGGAGGAGACCCGGUUGAUACGAGAGAAGAGCGUCGAAUGACGAGCCGGCUCGCCUUCCUCGAGGUCAGCUGAUCGCGGCUGAUGGUUCCGGCCCUUGGCUUCCAUCCAGGGGAUAUCCUAAGGGUAUCCGAACAUCCGUCCCCCGUGAAUCGGUUCUUCCGGGCGAGAGGGCCACCUCGAUCUACGGACCCGUCUAGGAGGUCUCUCCUGCACUAGGUCCUUCUAGGCCGUCCUUACCGGAUCCUUCGACCCUCCUUCGCUUCCCGUGACCGAAUCAAAGAGUCAAACGGGGAGGAGACCCGGUUGACACGAGAGAAGAGCAUCGAAUGACGAGCCGGCUCGCCUUCCUCGCGGUCAGCUGAUCGCGGCUGAUCGUCCUCGGCCGCAUGCCGGAUCCUCGACUUUCACCGGCCGGCUGAUCCUCUCGCCGGGGAGGCCGCACUCGCCGAAUGGCCGGCCGACUUCCGCCCACCAGCUGAUCGCGACUACGACCUCGACCUCGGCCAUGUCGCGGCAUCCGCGGUAACCUAAGGAGAGAGAGAGAGUGGACCCUGCGACCCGAGGAUGUCCAUCCGAGUCAGCGGGGUGUACCUGGUGCAGGCCCCCCCCGGGGUCGAGCCCGCCAACCCCGAGAAACCGCCGGCCAACCCCGUCGCCGAGGGCAACCACCAUCGGCAUCACCUUCGACACACCGGGAAGACGGUGACCAUCGUCGCCGGACCCCAGAGGAGCAACAGCCUGGACUACCUCAACUUCGAGGAGAAGAGGCAGAUCAUCGCGUCCUCCCUCUCGCUCAGCGACUUCCUCGCCCAUGGACCUGCGGCCGCUGCCGCCGCCGCCAAGGAAGUCGCCGCGAACACCGUAAUAGCCAAGAAACAAAAUGGAGCGGCCCUGCGAACUAACAGUCUCGGCUCGGGCGCGAGGACGCCGCCCCUCGAGAGGAAAAGCAAGUUUUCCGCCCUGGGCAGACUCUUCAAGCCGUGGAAAUGGAAGCGGAAAAAGAAAUCGGACAAGUUCGAGGCCGCCUCUAGGUCACUCGAAAGGAAAAUCUCAGUACGCGCCAAUCGGGACGAGCUGGUCCAGAAAGGGAUUCUCCUGCCCGACAGCCCUACGUCGUCUCUUCCGGAAAAUGGUCCCAGAGGAGACACGGGGGUCGCCCAGCAGCCAGGAACUCCUCAGCUCCCGCCUCAGCAACUGCAGCUGCAGCAACCCCAGUCGACCCCAGGUGGGGUCGGAGGGGUGCAAGGUGGCACUCCUGCGGCCACCCCCACGCCAGGGGGACAGCCCCAGCAGUCCCAGCAGGCCCAGCAACCCUCUUCGGCCACCCCGACGCCGACGUCCGCCAACCCCCACUCGAUCUGCGCCGGGACGCCGAAUUCUCAGCCCUCGCCUCACCCCUCUCCCCUCUACCCCGGGAUCCCCACCGCAACUCAGCUCAACGGAUGCACGCAAGAGCCGAAGAAGGAAAAAACCGAACAGAGUGCAAAUGGCGCGAUCUCGCCGAGCGGCGAACUUCCCAGUCCGGGAACAGUGGUACCAACCGGCGUGGUUCCCGCGAGCACCGGAUGCGUCGCUGGCGUCGCGCUCGUUGCCGGGGACCAGCAGAAGCCUAACCGACCCAGACGACUGAGCGCCUCCGGGAAAACCACCAGGAGGUUCCUCUGUUAUCACGGUGAUCACUUGCCGGAAGGAGGUCAUCAGGGCACGACGCCGCCGGGGCAGCAGCAGCAGUCGCAGCAGCAGCAACAGCAGCAAUACCUACCCCUGCCCCCGCAGAACACCCUGACGCUCUCGGAGCUCCCGGAACCGCCGAUACCCCUCAGCGAGAUCGGCCCGAUCCCACCCCCGCCGAUGUUCAGCUCGCCGAGUCCGACAUUGUUGGCUCGACAGCAGCAACAAGGAACCGGAAGUGGGGUCCAGAACGCGGAGCCCCUCGACCUAUCCGACUACGACUACGAGGAUCAAGAGGAGGUCGACGGGGCCGAGGACGAGGAGGACGACCGGUACAUCUGCAGGGUAUCGCAGCCGGACUCGGCGAUAGACACCUCGCGAGUCGAGGAGAUCCCUGCGAAGGAGCCCAAGUUCCACGCGAUGCCCCUGAAGAGCGCCCUGAAGAAGAAGGGCCCGGGGAGCGGGCCCGGGACCCCGCAGAACACUCCCACCCAGGAGAACCGACCGCUUACGCUUCGCCAGGAACUCCACGCGUCCUUCAACAGCCGACCUGGGAAGUUCGGCCUGGCCCUGCCGUGCACCUUGGAGAACAAGGAGAACGCGAGACCCUACGUCAUCCCGGAAGACCCUGACGGCGACUCCAAUGACGGCCAGGUCCGCGGCAGGGAGGACUACGAGGACGAAGAAAGUCGACUGGCAGCCAAAAUCGCGCGUAAAGAGUCGCUCUCGUUGAAACUCGCCCUUAGGCCCGACAGGCAGGAGCUGAUCAACAGGAACAUCCUGCAGCUGCAGUCGGACAACGAAAGGCAGGAGACGAAGGAGGCCAUCGGGGCUAGGCUAAUAAGACGACUGAGCAUGCGACCGACCCAGGAGGAACUGGAGGAGCGAAACAUUCUCAAAAAGCAAAGUCCGGCGGAGGAGAAGAAGCAGAAGGAGGAGAAGAAGAGGUACCUCAUUCGGAAGCUCAGCUUUCGACCUACCGUGGAGGAACUGAAGGAGAAGAAGAUCAUCAGGUUCAACGAUUACAUCGAGAUGACUCUAGCUCACGAUUACGAUAGAAGAGCGGAUAAGCCAUGGACCAGGCUGACGCCGAGAGACAAGGCUGCCAUCAGGAAAGAGCUCAACGAGUUCAAGAGCUUGGAGAUGGCUGUUCACGAAGACAGUCGACACCUGACCAGGUUCCAUAGGCCAUGACAAUUGCAAUGUGUAGAGGUGCUAGAGUGUGGUGCGGGUGUGGUUGCAGGUGCAGUGCAGUGGUCUGGGUCAGACCAGGUGUAUCAGUAUCGUUACUCCACGAGUAGCUUAGCGUGUACGACAGUGGCGGCGCUACCGGCGUCGGCUUGAAGCACUGUCAAACUCGUCGACGUCUCUCGUCGGUGAAGAUUGUGAUAGGGUGGUCUGCUCGAUGGAAAUUCAGCGGUCCACUCACCGAACUCAAGGGUCGUCCUCAUGGGACGAGGACGUCGUACCUUUCGCUUUCCAGACCGAUCUCUGCUUCGCGUUGACUCAACCCCGAGGUAUAGGAAACUCAUCCCCAACCGUGGGACGUUGAAUAAUUCUCUAAGACACGAACGGCACAUCUUAUGGGACUUUAAGGGGAUGUGAAAGUGCCACCCGAGAAGCCAACCGUUCAAGAAACUUUCCUCCGAACCGGGUGUACCGAAUCGUGUCAAAAUUGACAACGCGGAUGCGGAGACCAUUGGAAAGGUCUCGACACCCGUGUAAUUUCAUUUUCGUUAUGCUGAAAUUUUUUUUAACAAUUUCCUGGGGGUAGGGACCUUCCUUAUAGUCUCUGUAUUUACGGUGCAAAGCUUCAAGCGAUUCGGUUUAUCCGGUUUGGAGAAGAGUUUCGGAAACGAGACCUCUUCGGUGCCGUUUUUCGUCCCCUUAAACGCCCGUUUGGCUGUUCCGGAGUCAAUGCGAAGAGCGAUUCUUUAUUUAAGACACUUCCCAUAAGGUACGACGGGGUCGAGUGCCCAUGUGGACGCACCUAUUUGCAGUAAACACCAUUUGCGACAAGCUAGCUCGUCCUUGUUACCUGGCCGAUCGUUCCUUUUCUACUUUCGCUCCUUUAAAUCGUUCUCCUUCAUUUUUAACACGUAGAUCACUUUCUACCAAGAAUAUAAGAGGUAUCUUUGAGACUUUGCCGAGAGCCCGUAGUGUUGGGGGCGAUUAAUGUUGUACGUCUUGUGGCCGGAGAAAUUGUUGAAUUUUUAAACGAGAAAUCAGCCCCCUGAGGAGUGCUCUUUAUUUGGAUAUUUAUUAUUAAAGGGUCGGAGCGGAGCAUCUUCGGGCCGUUGCUCUAAAUGUAACGCCUCAAGGUGUUGCUACUUUUCUGGGCAGAGGCAUGGUUUUUUCUUUUUCUUGCGUCUUCUUUUUUGGAGCAUGUAUUCGCAUUGGUCUUCCGGCUCGUGAUUUUGUCUCGUUUCGUGUCGAAUUAAUGUUCUGUCGAGUUUCUCUUUCGGCCGAAUCGAUUGUCCGAUUCGAGGCGCAUUGCCAGGUAACACCUUCUUUUCGCGGAGCGACUUGUACGGCAAACGCUUACGGUUAUUAUUAUAAUAAAUCGAUUAUUGUACGCGCGAGAAGAGUGCAUUGUGCAAUUAUAAUUUGUACGUGAGUACAUACGUGCGAGGAUAGCGAUCGAUAGUUCUUGAUUACUCUCGUUGUCGCGGAUGAUUUUACCUUUGCAAAGGCGUGCGUGCGAUACUCGCCGUUUAUUUCGACUGCCCGCUGACCUCAGCUCUUUCUCGGGACUUCCGCCGACAUUUUGAGUGACGGCUACUCAAAAGGUCGGCACUUAAAUAUUUAUUCAUUUAGUAGGAAGCGAGACGGAGUUGCUCGUUCCUUUGUUGCCUUUAAGCAACGUCGGUGUAAUGAACAAAACAGGGGGGGGAUGGCAAAAUUUGCAUUCGGAGACUCUACCGGUAGUCGCUAAAACGAGAUAGACGGUAAGGGUACUUCCGUUAACGAGGAGUUAGAAAAAAUUGGCCGUUGCAGCCAACGCCGGAUGUUAAUGCACUAACGACUCGUCCCCGAUAAUUCGACCUUCAAUGGCAGCUUCGAUGUUCGUUACGAGAUUAAGGCAUUUCUAACGCAUAAGUAAUCCCGCCUAGCAUAAAACAAUAUGGAGGAAGUCGAUUCGUUGCGAUGGUUUCGCGAAAACAUUAGUUGUCCCUGUUAACGAAGUCGUACCUUUUCGGAAACUAUAUACAUAUAAAUAUAUAUAUAUAUAUUUUUCUUUUUCUUCUACGCGAGAGAACGAUUCUCGUUAUUUCGAGGACCUUCGGAGAACCUUUGGUGGUCAGCGCCGCGCUUCGAUUUCCUCGGCGGAGACUAGAGGAACUAAAUGGACGUGGAGCCAAGAGCUAGUCUUCGCUCCUCCGAAUUUUUCGGGAAUACGAGGUCGUAUCGAAUUUUCCACUCGAUUAGCGACUCUCGCGGGAAAAUUAUAUGAAGCUUGCCCUCUCGAUACGUCACCUCAACAGUUCGAUAUUAAUUGCCAACGUAGACUUGGAGAGGACGAAGAGCGAAGGAGGGAACUCGCUCUCGAGGUUUCAUCAGGCGAGCGGAAGUCAAGCAAAAUCGAAGCGUUCAAAAUGGCGAGCAAUGGAAACUGCGACAAAACCCACGAAAUAUGCAGAGGAUGCAUCCUUAAAGGUUUCUCGUUGGACCAUUUCCGCCAAUUGUACGCAGGUAUGACUUCUUCCCACCUGAUGGACGACCGGGAAAUUACAGAGACAAGAAAAAGGGGAAAAAAAAAUGGCGUCCUGAAACCAACUUCAGGGUCGAUUUCCCGAAAGAGCGAGAGGCGAAAGGCUCAUUUCCGAAACAUAACGAGAGGGAUAAAAAGAGAGAGUGUGAGAAAAAGAUAUCUAGGUCUUGUUGUAAAUAUAUAAACGCGCGUAGAGGUAGUCAGGCUACUUUACGAAUAAACGCGCUGUUAAACACAAAGAUGACACAUCCUUGGAAAAGAAAACCACACAUACACACACACAUACACGCAGCAAUUAUAAAUAUUAAUUCUAGGCACGACGCUCCCUAAUGCAAAUAAUUACAUACCGCGUAUACAUAAUAUAAAUAUUAUACAUACAGGAUGAACAAGGAGUAUAUAUAUAGAUUAUAUAUAUAUAUAUUAUAUAUAUAUAUAUUGCCGCGUAAAGAAGCAGUAUGUGCAUUUUCCAGCACAGAAAGUUGGUAUUUUGUGUACAAAAACUUGGGCGCGAACGGGGCAGGGGGGAGGGAUAGGGAAGGGGGGCUACGAGGAAAAAAGGAAAUGCAAAGUGGCUUUCUUUUUCGGAAAAUCGGGAAUGGCCGAAAUCCAAAUCCCUGUCGACUCGCUUCGCUUCGAUCCGCCUUUCUUUCAUUAUUUUUUUUCCCUCGAAGUCGAGCGACAUUUAAUUUCUGGUCGAUGUUGCGAUGGUGGAAAAACGUAGCGAUGUGACGUAGCGGAUUUCCCAUGACGUCAUUUUUUCGGUGGGAUGUGUAGGGACAGGCUAAAGUGUGCUUUUUAUUCUCGCCGUCGAAAGGCGCGUUCGAAGGAAGCGAGCUCGUACGAGAUACCGUGAAAAUGUUCGACGUUCAUUUUACCCAGAAAUUGUUUGUCCUUGUUCUUCAACUCAUCCGACAGGAUUGGGUUUAUCGUUUUUUUUUUGGUCCCCUUUUAAAUCGGUUCCGUGGGAUUCGUUUGCGUUUCGGCGAGGCGGUGGAUUUAUGGAACUGCUUUAAGAUUCGCCAUUUUAACGACUGGCCGACGACUCGGUCGUUGGCUCCGAGAGGAACGACCGAUUGGUUGGCCUCAUCCAGGAGCAGAAAUUAAGGAGAGCAUCCUCUCGAGUAGUACCUUGUCGAUUGUUUGGAAAGUCGCAAUAAAGGGAGCUCGUCGGUCCCGAGGUCCGUCGUAAAGGGCAGCAAAGGGACAGACCGGCGGCCCGAGAAUAUGUACCAUUAACUGUCGAUUAGCCUGUAACAUAAUGUAACAUUGUAACGUUGCUUGGCAGAGGGUAGCGAAGAAGCUGAAACGAGGGUCGAGAGAUUCGCAAUCCGAGACAAUCCGAAUUUUUUACAAUAGUAGCCUUUAGGAUUACUCGACCGAGGCUCCGCCACGUCGAGGAACGUUUCCCUCCCCCUAACUUUUCUACUAAACGCUUGCACGAUGUCCUCUUAAAGCAGUUGCAUAAACUUACCACCCUGUACACCGUGAACAGAGUGCACUGCCGUAGGCUGAAUUAAGGGGAUGCGAAAGUGCCAUCCGAAGGCUCAAUCGUCCAUGAGACUUCUCUGCGAGCCUGGUGCACCGAAUCGUUUCAAACCUCACAACCUGAACCCGGAGACCACAAGGAAGGUCCUUACCCUCAUGAAAUUUCAUUCUUUAUUACACAAAAUUUUGAAAAUAUCAAUUAAUACAUUUUUCUUAAAUCUGCCCUAAUGGCUGUCAGAACCUUCCUUACAGCCUCCAUAUUCACAUUGCCAAGUUUGAAACUAUUCGGCACCCCCAGCUCGGAGAGAUAAGUUUCAUUAACGAAGACCCCUUUGACAGUACUUUAACAUCCCCUUAACGAUAGGAUUUAUUCACACCGAGGCGAUGUACAAUGGCGGACAUGAAUGCCUCCCCUGCAGACACGGCAUCGCCUGUGCAGGACGGGAGGGCAUUGAUGUCUCCCAGUGCACUCCAUGAUGGGCAUACCGGAGAGCCGAUAAAAAGUAGACCGAAGCUCGCCGAGGCUAGAGUUCCGCAUUGGAGAGAUCUUCAUUCGGAUUUCUUCGACUGGUUGAAAGUCCAGCUCUCGAGAAUGGCAAGCUCUCGGUGUCUGGCCGAUUCUACAUGUAAAGUAGAGAUAACGAUAAAGUUAGGUACCGACGUAAGUCAGG